GAGGGUUGCGCAACAGCGGAAGUUCUGGGAACCAGGAACUGCAGGAAAAAUACACGAAAACACGGCACUUAUGGUGAUGUUCUGGCGAAGUGCCGCCUGCUAACCAGAGUGUACAGCUAUCCCACCCUGAUACUGAUACACACAUUCAGGGAAACAUGGGAGGCUCUCAAAGCGUCGACAUACCGGGUGGAGGAACUGAAGGCUACCACGUCCUCAGAGUGCAAGAGAAUUCCCCCGGUCACCGUGCAGGACUGGAGCCAUUCUUUGAUUUCCUCAUUUCCAUUUGUGACACUAGACUGAACAAGGACAAUGACACCCUAAAAGAGUUGCUGAAGAUGAACGUGGAGAAGCCCAUCAAGAUACUGUUAUACAGUAGCAAGACACUGGCAGUGAGGGAGACAACAGUCACACCCAGCAACAUGUGGGGUGGCCAGGGGCUUCUGGGAGUCAGCAUUCGCUUCUGCAGCUUUGAAGGAGCCAAUGAAAAUGUUUGGCAUGUCUUGGAAGUGGAACCAAACUCUCCUGCAGCCCUGGCUGGUUUAAGGUCCCACACUGACUACAUUAUAGGAGCGGACACCAUCAUGAAUGAGACUGAAGAUCUGUUCUCCGUGGUUGAAACCCAUGAAGGGAAGGAGUUGAAGCUGUAUGUUUACAACACAGAUACAGACAACAGCCGGGAGGUGGUCAUCACUCCAAACUGUGACUGGGGUGGAGAGGGCAGUCUAGGAUGUGGGAUUGGCUAUGGCUACCUCCACAGGAUACCUAUACUGCCAUUUGGAGAGGGCAAGAAUAUCAGUUUCCCUGCACAGACUCCCAGUGAACCAACUAAAGAUGGCUUCACAGAGGUCCAUCUCUCUGCUGUUAUUCCAACGGUUCCAGUUGCUGUGUCUUCUUCUGCUUCGACUGGAUUAGAGCAGUCUCUCGCCGGCUUGUCAGUCAGCUCUAACCUGACCGCUGUCGUUAGCAAUCUACAGACAGGAGCUCCUACCGUUCCACUGUCCAGUCACAGCCCCUCCUCACAAAGCGCUCCCUUGUCUGUCAAUCCUGCUGCCACACUAACAGGUUUAAUGCCCUUCCCUGGAGGUCUUCCCCCCUUUCCUCAUUUACCAAAUCUAAAUAUCACCUUGCCAGACAUGGGCCACGUAUUGCCACCUGGAGUUGGUGGUUUACAACAUGCAGGUCUUCCACCGCUCACCCAGCCAGGUGUGGUCCCUGGUCUAACUCUGCCUCCGUCUGACUUUGUUCUUCCCCCAAUCACUGCUAAUGCAGUUCCUGCUGUUACACUGGAUACAACAUAUCCCUUAUCCACUAUCCAAAUGAACAGUUUACUGACGAGAACCCCUAUCCCAUCAUCAGUGGCCUCUGAAUCAAUAAAUAUCACAAUGACUGCAGACUCAUCUUAGCAGAGAGCACUGUUUAAGGUUGUCAGUAUACUCUCAAGUCUCAACAAAAUAUAGAUGGUCUAUUAGCUGCACCACUCAGUUGACAAAUUGCUCCUACACACUGUUACGAUUGUUGUACAAGCUU